AUGCCAAUCUCAGCCCUCUCCAGGUCUACAUCUAAAAAAGCAUUUGGAAUCAUUUUGCUGCUUAUAUUUUCAAUUGAGUUUAUCAUUUUUAUGGUUAGCUUUAUCCCUUCACCCAGCUCUCCAUUUAAGAUCUCAUUCUGGGCGAUCAAGGAUGAUGGCUUCUAUAAUAGCGGCUAUUCCUUGUGGUCCUGGAUUGGUGACUCAACAAUCUCGCCUCAAAUGAAUUUCUCUUUGUCAUUGUUGUGCUUAUCGGUUGGUAUACAUUUUUCGAUAAUCAUUUUUCUGUCGAUCUUUUUUUUGAUUUCCUGGAAUGACCGGAUUUUUCAAACUGCUUGUGUGGAGCCAGAUAAAAAGAUAACACCUUAUUCUGUGGUUGCAAUUCUUAUCCGAGGGACUUUUUUUAUUGCACUUAUUGCAUCGCUUGCCCCAAUUGUGUUAUAUGAGACUUUUAUUCUUCGGGCAAUAGAUGCAGAUUAUCGGGGGUUUCAAGCUCGGUCUGGUGCGCAAGGGGUUCAUCAAGGGCCUUCCUUUUAUCUAUGGUGCAUUUCAAUUGCGCUGCACAUAUCUGCCAUAUAUUUAGCCAUUAGAAUUACACGACCUGCAACCACUCUGGAUUACGACGAUGAAGAGGAUGAUCAUGAUGAUGGACUCAAGUCAGAGGGUGAGAUAAAGGCAUUUUCUACUAUUGCAUUUAAAAGAAGACUGAGUUCGUGA